AUGAUGCAGCACAACAGCCAGUCUCGCGUGGUUAUACACCUUCACAAGAUCGAGAGGUCACUGGUACGAACAGACAUCGAGCUAUUCCUGAAAGGAGAACUAUCGUCUACGUCAGCCACUCCCUUGGAAAUUGAUCAGCUUGUCGAACGAUCGGGGGCGCUAUUCACCUAUGCAUCCAUGCUAGUACGCUUUGUAACAUCGGGAGAGCCCCAGAAACGACUGGAGACUGUCCCAGUGUUGACACCCACCUCGGGCGAAGAGUAUGCCCCGGAGGAUGGCGAGAAAGAGGAUAUACGAUUCGUGCUUCAGACCGUCUUGGUCGCACAGGAGCCGAAUGGCAUCGAGAUAAUCGUCAUUCUUGCCGAGAUCAAUGGCCUGGAGCGAGAGUAUAUGCGCUUCGGUCUCUACGACAAGGAUGCGGUCGAUAUCGAAGACCGAAUCAGAACGCAUAUACCGUCAACUUUGAUGCGCACGUGCCGCUACGGGGGCAACCGUCUUGAGCUGGCUCUGAGAACGGACUAUCUACUGGAGAUCCUGGGAGAUUUCCUGUCGAACCAGUUCCUGUUCUGGAUGGACGUGAUAGAUAUCAGGCAAGAGACGACCAUGGAGAUCGGGACGCUUAUAAAGGCAAAGGACUGGCUGGUGACUGUCUCAACUUUUCACAGGCCUUACUGCGAACUCAGUCUCGCGCUUGACGCCCCACAUUUACGUCUCAUCGCUUCCGUCUUGUCCGAGGUCCAGUCUGGUGUAUCAGCACUACUGGAAGUGCACGCGUGGGCUGCUGCAAGUGUAGUAUGUUCGGUCGCAUACGACCCUCAAGGUGCACAUGCCCCUGUUGGAUGCUAUGGUGACAAUCUCAGCACCCGCAACGCUCACGGUGGCGACCUGGUACUAGGACCCUUCGAGAUCAAUGGGCGCGAUUUGGGAGACGACACUGGUUUCUUAAUGGGGCCUUUGACGAUCACCGGCUGCGUUGUCCCACCUCCUAUUUCUGCGACGGCACACGCAUAG